ACGAUCCAAUGCCUGAUGACCCAGUGCCCGCUGUCAUACCUGGUGACCCGAUGCCCGCUGUCGUGCCUGAUGACCUGGUGCCCGCGGUCGAGCAAGACGAUCCAAUGUCUGAUGACCCGGUGCCUGCCGCUCCGCCUGGGGGCCCGGUGCCCGCCGCCCUGCCUGGGGGCCCGGUGCCCGCCGCCCUGCCUGGGGUCCUGGUGCCCGCCGCCCUGCCUGGGGGCCCGGUGCCCGCCGCCCUGCCUGGGGGCCCAGUGCCUGAGGGCCCGGUGCCUGCUGCUCCGCCUGGUGGCCCGGUGCCUGCUGCC